AUGAAUAAAUUGUUUUAUUUUAUUGUUAUAGUUACUGAUGCUUUUGGUAUGGAAAAUAUAUUUGAACAAAUGCAAAAAUAUAAAGAAGAAGCUGAUCAAUUAACGGGUGAUGAACGAAAACGAUUCGCAGAAAAGGUGAUUUUAUCACUUUGGAAAAAUAUAGGUGAUGAAGAAGACGAAAGCGAUGAUGAUGAUGAUAAUGAUAAUAAUGACGGUGAUCAAAACCAAAAAUAA